UUUUUUUGAUGGUAUUUAAUGGACAACAUGUUAAAAUUUCGCCUGAGGAAUUUAAAAGGAGGGAGACAUUUUUGACUGAAGGACAAAUUAAAUACAACAUUUUCGAUCCGUUUAGUUGGCCUUUGCAAGCUAAGUUGACUUUGGCUGCUGGCAUUGCUGGUAUAACAUCGGUUAAUUUUUUUAAAUUUUAUUUGCCUUUUUAGAAAUUGAUUUUGGGGAUUUACGGGGGGGGGG